UUGAUCGUUGUAAUCAAAGACAAUGGGCGACGUAGUUGAGAAGCUCGGAGAAAUCACAGUCGACAAGCUUAAGCCCAACGAUGACCGGGCGAAGAGCUGCUACGCCGUGCUAAACGGCAAGAGAUUCCACUACCUCGACUCUCCCGCCGUGGGCCCUCACAAAGGCACCGCCUUCCUCAUCCACGGCUUUCCAGACAUCUCCCUCGCCUGGCGCUAUCAGAUCCCAUUGCUCACGUCGCUUGGAUUCCGAUGCAUCGCCCUUGACUGCAUGGGCUAUGGCCGCUCCCAGACCUCCAACGACCUCAGGGACUUUGGCUUCAAAGCCCAUGCCCUCGCUAUCACCGCUUUGUGUUCCCAGCUCAGCAUCCCUCGUAUCAUCAUCGGUGGACAUGAUUGGGGCGGUAUGGCGGUUUACCGCGUUGCACAGUGGUGUCCGGAGUUGGUGACUCACGUCUUCUCCGUCUGCACUGCUUUCGCUCAGCCUACUUCAAAGUAUACGUCGACGGAGACGCUGACGAAUGGACCAGUGCCGCAGUUUGGGUAUCAGUUGCAGUUCGGGAGCGACGAUCACAGGGUUGAGAAGACUGUGAGGACGGAGAAGGAGGUGAGGAAGUUUCUGCUGGGGAUGUACGGCGGCAGGACGCCCGAAGGGAGGAAGUUCAUGACUGCAGAGAAAGGCGUUGAUCUUGGCUUGUUCGACGACAAGUUCGAGAUUGCCAUGACGCCGUUGUUGAGUGACGAGGAGCUGGACUUCUACGUCCAGGAAUUCAUGAGGAACGGCAUGAACGGACCACUCAACUGGUACAGAACUCGAAAGGUGAACUGGGAGGACGAGCAGGAAAUGCCGGAAAGCGCAAGGAAGACGAUCAAACAGCCAACGCUGUACAUCUUCGCGACGAAAGACGGCAUUCUCACACGAGAGCUGACGUUGGGCAUGGAGCGACAUAUCCCUAACCUCACUCGCGGAGAGGUCCCUGCUGGGCACUGGGCGCUGUGGCACACUCCGGUCCAGACAAAUGCUCUGAUCAAGGAUUGGAUCGAAGGCGUCGUUCUCGGUGGGAAGACCAAAUUGUAA